AUGCCUAAAUUAUCAGUUAUCUCCCCCGCCGGCUAUAGGGCUCUUCUCUCAAGCUCCAGACCUACUUCAAGAGUGAUCCCUGUUGAUGCGACUUGGUAUAUGCCUAACUCUCCCUUGAAUGGUAAGGGUAGAUUUCUCCAGGAAAACCGCUUGCCAGAGGCAGCAUACUUCGAUCUUGAUGCAAUUGCAUUGCAAGGUUCCAAAUAUCCUCAUAUGCUACCACCAUUGGACCUUUUCAACAGGUCACUCACCAAAUUGGGAAUCUCGACUACCGAUAAGCUUGUAGUCUAUGAUAGAGAUGGAAUAUUUUCCAGUCCAAGGGCCGCUUGGAACUUGUCAUUGUUUGGCCAUAAGCAAGUUUAUCUCUUGGAUAACUUUGCGAAAUACCUCAAGAGCGAGUAUCCUUUGGAUACCAGAGCAGUAGUAUCUGAAACCACCACCAAUACCGAAGCCACCCCUGACGCUUACCUGUCUAUUUCAGAAUCGGACUUUGCGGAAGCGUACAAGUCUCAGGUGAUAGAGUUCGAAGAGCUCUUAGACUUGGUGAAAUCCGGUCAAUUGGAACUGGACUACAUUACGUUUGAUGCUAGAUCCAAUGACAGGUUCACAGGAGCUGCUCCAGAGCCAAGACCAGGCUUACCAUCUGGUCACAUUCCAUCUUCCUUGUCCUUGCCAUUCACAAAGCUUCUUAAUGAGGAUAAGACUUUCAAAAGCGCAGAGGAAAUAAGCCAACUUUUGAAAGAGGACUUUGGACUUGACUUGAAAUCAAAGGCUGACUUCCCCAAGGAAAAGGGGAUCAUAGUCUUAUGUGGAACUGGUGUCACUGCGGUCAUAGUCAGAGUUGCGCUUGAGUCUGUUCUUGGAUCAGAUAUUCCAAUCAGAGUUUAUGACGGAAGCUGGACAGAAUGGGCACAAAGAUCACCACCAGAGUACAUUGUAAAAGGUUAG